AUGCCCCGCCAUCCCACUUCACGAGCUGAAAUCAUCAACAACGUCUUCUUGAACACGCAUUGCCGUUCGCCUUCGCCCCGAAAGCUGCUUGUGCCCUUGACGGCAGAUGCGUCUUUCUUCACUGUCAAUCUGUGGAGCCAUAAAGAGAUCGAUUUCAACAGCCAUGUACAUUCCACUCAACAGCACCCUGAAGCCGCCCAUCGAUCUAGUCGGAGAAGUAGCCGCAAGCAACACCCUAGUCCAUGA